CACAGAUGGACAGGAAAGGAAACCGAGAGAUGAGCCCCUGGUAGCGCGAGAGGCAUCCUCUAAAAUAGAAACAGAAGCCGCUACUUCUGCUCCAGAAACAGAAAACUACAGUUUUGCACAGUGCUAUGCUGAUUUCGCGUUUUAUAUCGCAGAAAAUUGAGGGAUGGUUGUGAGGGAGUGAGGAGGGCGGAUCUUUGCAGAGAAUGCUUGCAAAAGCCAAGGCGUGCGCUGUCCCAAGAGAACUCAUUUGAAAAGCUUGCAGAGAGAGAGAGAGACCGGAAUGCCGGGCAACAUCGCUCCUCCGGUUCACCUGCGAGGCUGAGUUUUCCUGAGCACCCUCUGUCUGUGAGUGUGUGUCUGAGUGUGUGUGUGUCUUGGUGUGUGUGUUAUGGCCUCUGGGACGGACGACCCAUACCGUAAGAUGCUAAUGCUAGGGGCCAUCGCUGCGGCGUCAGCCUUCGUGGUCACAAUCUUCAUCGUGGUGGUCUGUGUGGGCUGCCAGAGGAAAAACAAGACCAAACAUCCUGUGUCCAAUGGAGAGAAGGGUACCUCAGUAGAAAUGGGUGCUCUCCGUCAGCCCAAGAACAGUUCCAUGAGUAAAUCUGACACCAGGCUGCAUGAGAUCAACCGCCUGCCUUGCAACGGCAACAGUGGGGGUAAGAAUCGUCCAGCCAGUAUGGACCUGCUCCUCCUCCACAGCCGUCGCUCCACGUCUGACCUCCGCCCACCCCUGGUCCGCCAGCUUCCCCAGAUCCCCAACAGACCAGUGGGGAAUGGAGACCCCGAGGGGGGAGACAUUCGGGGGAGGAGGAGACGGGGUCAGAGACCACACCUACACUGAGGUGGGAAUCCGGAAUUCACCCGUCCGUUGCCUUGAUGAUGGGCUGUAUGAGGUUGUAGGGGUUCGAGAGGCAGACACGGUGCCCCCCGCUCCCCCUCCCACGUCGGCCAACACCCCGGCAACACUAAGGGCUUCACAGAGCCCCAAUGGGACCCGAACCAACGUGGUCCGAAACGGGAAUGGGAAUGGAAAUGGGAAUGGGAAGGGCAGAGGGAACGGCAGAGGGGCUGUUAAUGGCUGUAGCACUCUUGGUAGAGGAGGAGGGAAGGGGCCCAAUGGUGCUAACGGUGUUAACGGAUCUAGCGGCUCGCUCUUGUCCUCCCUUCCCUCCCUGGCCAUUCAGGACCCAGUAACGGCAGAGUACGCCUCCAUCCGGAAGGUCAAGAAGGUGAACAAGGCAUCGAAGAACGAGAUAGGGAACACAGAGUCAGAUGACCAAUCAAGUGUCCAAUCAAGUGUGGGAGAGUCACCCUCUGCCCCGCCCCCUCUGCUGCCCCGCAGCCAGGAGGUUCCACGGAAACAGCUGGAGCCAUUCCACCUGCACGUCUUCCCGAAGGAGACGGUAUUCAUGGGGAAUGGGGAACAGUACAUCUGGAAGCCCCCAGAGGAUGAUGACAUCAUCACCCUGCACCGAGCACCUGCACCCCCGGGGGAGAACGGACAGGGAUACACACCUACAGCCAUGGAGAUCACAGACACCUACUCCACCGUGUGUAAACCACAGAAGAAGAAACCUUCCCCAGACCACAGCGCAGCCAAGACCCUCCCCCGCAACCACUGCUCUGGGGGUAAGAAUGGAGGAGGUAGGGGAGGAGGAGCAGGAGGGAAUGAGGGAGGGAACGGGGCAUGGGGUGGCGGUCGGGGGAUCCAGGGUGGCCAGGCCCGAUCUCAUGAGGAGCCCUGCUACGAGCCCGUCGGCGACAGGUCCUGCCCCCCCUGUGUGGUGGCCGAGUCGGACCCGGCGUACGCCACUAUCAACUCCCACCGGAAACAUGAGUGGGCAGGAACCAAUAACGGUGCGCUGGGGGCGAACGCUACACUAAAGCCCAGGAAGAAGCCUCCUCAGCAGGGAGCAUCGUCUCCAGAGGCCCCAUGCCCCCAGGGACCUCCAGCAUGCCCCCCGGCCCCUCCAUCUAGGGCCUUGCCUGGUGGGGAGAACUUCUAUGAGACCAUCAGUGACGUGAAACAGGGGGCCAACAGUGCCAGCACCACCACCAUCUUCACCUUCAACGAUGGGAUGGAGAUGUAUGUCACUGGCCUGUAGCUGAGAGACACUGGCUCACACACACACACACACACACACACACACACACACACACACACACACACACACACACACACACACACACACACACACACACACACACACACACACACACACACACACACACACACACACACACACACACACACACACACACUGGGCUGGGUUCUGAUCUGUUUGGGUUCUUCUGACCCUGUCUACACCUUCUUUACGCUAUGAAAGUGACUGGAAGUAAUGUACAUAGAGCCCCACAGUGGAGGUGUCAUAAUACCCAUAAAACCUAGCGUUCAAACAGGGAAAUGGUUCCAAUCGUUUUUCUCCCAUAAAGUUUUCCCAUAGGAGAUGUUAGAAACACUUAAAAUAAGGGCUUUGUUUCAUGUAGGCUUACCCUGGCGUGACAUGUAAAUGUUAAUCUCGUACAAGGGGAAUUUUACCAAUAUAUUAGUCUCUAUUUACUCUCAGAUUCUAAAAUGCUAAUUAGGAUCAAAAAACAACAAAUCCAUGCAAUCUCCUGCACCAAGCCAAAUUUGUGUCAUCUCUAGCUGACACAUUUGCUAACAGGUAUUGAGUCAAUUUAAAUAUUGCACCAGACAGUUCACAGAAUUGUCCAUUUAAAGAAAUUAGCCAAUUUAUUCCUUACUACAUUUAGCUAACAUUAGAUAUUAAAUCCAGAGAUUCUUACCUUUGCCUCAAUUGGGCAGUCUCGUCCACAUCAUCAAUGCAUUUGUAGUUCUUUAUGAUAGCCAAAUUAGCAACUAAUUACAAUUUCAUUUUUGGGGGAGAAAUACAGUUAAAUAUAUGGAUAGAAUUCACCUUGUCUAUAGAGAUUUACAUGCUUAUCAAAACUUACACGAAACACAGCCCUUAUUUGAAAUAUUUCUAAAAACUCCUAUGGGGAAAUGUAUGGUAGAAAAACAAUUGGAAGCAUUGACCUGUUUGACCUCUAGGUGUUGUGGGUAUUAUGACUCGUACUGUGAUACUCCAUAGCAGGGUUUCCCUAGCCCCGUUUUGGUUUUUGCCGUUUCACUACACAGCUGAUUCAAAUAACCAACUCAUCAUCAAGCUUUGAUUAUUUGAAUCAGCUGUGUAGUGCUAGGGGAAAAACCACAACCUGUACCCAGGUGGGCCCCAGGACCGACUUUGGGAAAACCUGCUCUAUAGCAAUGAGAGCAACUGCUGAAAUCGAGCCACAAAUGUUAUGCAUUCUAACACCAGGUUUAAACAGUAUCUCAACCCAGGGUCAGGCACCAGACCCAACCAGUGGUGGGCAUGGUAGUGACUGGGGAAGCCCAUAUAGGGGUUCCAGGCUAGUUGAACCUUGGAUAGGAGCCCCAGUUCAAGGUUUACAGCUCAAGUCAUUUAUCAGACACUCUUGUACACAGUAGAGCAACUUACAGCAGUAAAUGCAUACAUUUUCUUAAUUGGUCCCCCAUGGGAAUUGAACCCACAACCACGGCAUUGCAAACACCAUGCUCUUCCAACUGAGCCACACAGGACAACCUGAGGGGUUCCCCCUCAUUUACACCACUGGACUCAAAGGAACCCAAUCUACCCUACGUCUCUGAGCUUUACCGCAGAGCCAGUCUGGCUAACUCAGUCUGGACUGCACCCUCUCAGACUCAAACAGGUCCCAACCAGAACAGACUGAGCAUCAUGUUAUGAACUGUGUCACUGUUCACGUUACCUUACCAUUUGUGUCACAUUUUACAUAUAGAUUUAUUUUUGUAUAAAUAUGGUACCGUUAAUAAAGCAUGGCUUGUGUACAGAGCGACACACAAUCCCCCAAAAUGACAUAACAUGAUAACACACAAUAACAGACACACGUGCACACACACACACCGUAUGCAAACAUUGUUGUGUAUGAAAACACACAUUCUCACAAAGAUGACAGAGAGAAGAAGUGUGUAGACUCCAGGAAGGCUUCACUUCUAAGUUCCAACCCCCUGAUGACAUUACCGAUGACGUCACUGGUGGUAAAAAGGGUUUGACUAUAUUACUGAUUUUAACAAGUUUAAAUCCAAGCCUCAGAGACUCAUGGAAGGAUUAAACACAAACACAUACAGACACACACACAAGCACACACACAUACAUAUACCUUGUGCUGGGAAUUAUGUAAUAGAAGCAGAUGGGAGUCUGGGAGAUUGGCUGUGAUUAGCUCUCCUUAAGCAAACAUAUCAAACAGGUCCUCUCUCUGUUGCCGGGCAGGGCAGAUAUGGUUUGACUUUGAGAACAAAUCUGACAUGUAGCCUACGUGGACGUUAACAUGCUCUGACCUGGAGGAGGCGAGCUUGGCUCCAACCCACCACUCUCCUGUACACUCUUUACUCCUUGGUAUUCAAGGUAGAAGUUGCCCCUAACCACAGAUACACACACUGAAGAUGUCUUGUAACUGGAAGGGUCUUUGGAUGAAAGUGUCAUACAGCAAUCACUCACUAUACAUCUGAAGUACAUGUAUCAGAGUUACAGUAUACAGAGUUACAGUAUACAGAGUUACAGUAUACAGAGUUACAGUAUACAGAGUUACAGAUCUUGACCAACUUUCUGACUCUGAUGUUCAUCUUGUAGCGCUGUAUUGAGCUCAGCCGGUUGAUAGGGCAGGGUAAAAUGGCCUUGUUCUUGUUGUCAGUGGUGACAGUUCAAGUGAAGCAGUGGUCCGCCUCAGGCUGCCUCACACUGUUAAUUCCAUCCAGAACCACUGAGCUUCAACCACAGUGACUGACCACAGAGCAACAACUGACACACUUAUAGGGACAGUUUGACCCGACACCUAAGUCUUCCCUUUUCACAUCUCAAAAGUGGUCUAAUGUCGAGUGGAAUCCAAAUAACACAGGUUCUGUGGUGUAGAGCCUUAUUCUCAAAUGAAUGGGGUUGAUUGGCACAAUUUGGGGGUGAGCUGUCAUAAAGAGUACUGAUUUGGCUAUACUUUAGUCAGAUUUAAUUUAUUGUAAGUUGUUAUUCACGUUCUUUGUUUAAAAUAAGCUUAACAUAAUGUUAUUUGCAUGGCAAAACACACACACACAGACAUACACAAUCUUGGCAGAGAUACACAGUGCAAAGCCAACGGGUCAUGGACACGGCGUGGGCUGGGUCGAUCUUUCUCUGAAGGAGAAAGGCAACCGAUUUCACAAUCUCUGCCCAGGACCUAUGGGGUGUUGCUAACAGUUUCUUUUAUGGCCACAAGGUAAUGGAGUCUUGGAGAGUGGUAGGGCUAUUGGCGGUUACUGCAGUGAAGGGCGUUUGUGUAGCAGGGCCCUGAUUCGCUUCACAGGCUGAAGUCAAUGCCAGGACUCUACUGCUGCACUCUGGGCCGCAGUCUGUCUGUCGGUUGGAACAGCCAUUGAGGGGUUGGAAUCCAAAGAAAAUAAAGUGUUGGGCAUAAAAUGACAAGUGAGCGUCUUUUGGAAGCCCCCCCAGCCUGUGCUGAAAGUUCUGUUCUAUUGUAAACAAGCUCUUUCCCAUGUAGCUCUUGGGGGAAAUGUAAUGUAUGAACUGAGGAAGAAAAACAGUGACAUUAGGGUUUAAUUAAGGGGUGUUUUCAAGUCAAAAGGUAAAGAGGGACACAAACUGCUCAGGGACAGAGAGGUAUAUGAGGGAUGAAUAACAGUCUGGCUAACUCAGUCUGGACUGCACCCUCUGUGUUAGGCCAUCUAACGUUAGGAGAGCGUGUGGAAAAUGUAGUUCUAUAAGAUGAAUAGGUGUGUAUAGGUUUACUAUGAAAUACAUCUUGUGAAAUGCAUUCUGUAUUUUCUUAAUGCACUGUUUAUGUAAUAAAAAAAUGUUUACCUAUUGUGUUUAAAUAGCUUAUGCCACUGCCAUGGAGACGCUACUUGUACUGUGUUUAAUGCUGUUGGUGCAAUUUUCCUGCUUGAAACAUAAUGCAUGUCUUUGACCAAAUGAAAAAACAAAAUAUUGUACUACUUUAUUUAUUUCCUAAUGUUUGUUUUCUGUUUUCCUGUUUUGUCAUGGGAGAAAAAAAAAACAUUCCAUUUGGGGCUGAGAGAGAGAGAAAGAGACUUUCCUCUCUCCAUGCUCCAAAUUAUGAAACUGUCAGGAGGUUGUCAGUAGGAGGGAGGAAGCACACUCUGGUUCUACUCCCUGUAUUAUCCUCUCUCUCUUUUUCCUCUCUUAUCUCCUCUCUCUUUUCUCCUCCUCUCUGUGCUGUUAGAGAUGGGCCUUUGAUGGUGCUUCUUCUGAGGGACCAAGGGAGAGAUAUGGGGGUGGAGGGGUAGAGGGACUGCCUGGGGGUCAUGCCGACCCUGCAUGCUUUCAACAUCAAUAGUGCAGUUGUAUUGGUGUAUGUGAUAUGACCAAUGACUAACAGCUGAGAUGAUUUAAGCAGCUUUGGGAACAUAUAUUUUGUCAUCCAGCACUGUCACUGCUAGUCUCCUGAGGAAAUUCACAAACUCUUCAUUCAUCCCGUUUAGCACAGACUAAAUUGACAAAGACAUGAACGGACCAGGACCAAAUAAAAGCUAAACAGUACUUUAAAGUAUAUUUUGAAUAUGCAUAUUAUAUGUAUUGUGCAUCAAUUUAUUUCUUUUUGCCUCUCAGUUUAGCACAAACAUAUCUGACAAAGACACGCUCACAUAAAUAGCCUACAUUUUGAGGCAAAUGGUAUUAUGUGAAAUAUUGUUGUUUUGAUGUCAUACAGAACUAUUUCACUUGUUAUUGGUUGUAUGCUGAAAGACUUGAUGUUAGUGGAUAUAUUGAUGGUUAUCACAAAUGUUGUGGUUUUACGUUGGAGCAAUGAUGAGCUAGCCUACUUUUCAAGAAUCGCUGAUGUUCAAUUCUCAAUGGCUGACGCUCUCUUUCAAUCUAUCUUGUGAAUUGAAAUAAUGAGAAAUAAUGUUGAUUUUGGUUGGUUUCUGUGUAGUAGGUAGAACGUCACAUUGAUGACGCAUGUAGAGGAGCAGAAGUGUUAUCCCCUAUAUUCAUUCUACUAUUUUCCAAUAAUUGGUUUAUGGGCCUGUGAGUGGCAGCGUAUUUUGGUUUUAAGAUGACACAGGGUUUUAACGUGGAAAACAAUAUAAUAUAACAUCAUGUGAAAAUGUGCAAAAGAUUGUAAAUGUUUUAUAAUCAUUCAUAAAAUAUCAGUCUCAAGUUUUUACUUUUGUAAUAAAGUAGCACCUUAAAACGUGUCUGUGUGUGCAUGA